AUAUUGCACGUCGCAGGUCUGCAACAACUGUUUGCUCAAAAAUAUGGAAAGUGUAAAGAUCGGUGCUGGUUCACGUUGUUACAGUACGAAAGUUUGUAAACACUGCCACAUACUUUGGCAACGUGAUAUAAAUGCUUCAAAGAAUAUGAUGACUAUUGCCGCUUCAGUUUGGGCAGGUCAUGGAAGACCCUCACAGUUUACCCCACAGAAUCGCCGUAGCGAAGACGGUGCUGUCGGUUCCUCGAACCAGGCGGCUUAAAGAUACUUACGCGUUUAGGUAUUCUGUGCUUCGGCACAGUAUAUUUACCUUGUUUGAGUAAGAGUAGGUCGCACAUUUGGCAUUGAGCAUUUGGACAGAAAAGGUAUGAUCUGAAAAACUAUACAUUUCAUCUAAAUAAUUUU